AUCUAACCAACCUGAAGAUCUCAUCCUGCUGUGUCUUGAAUGAAGCCAAGCCUUCACAGAAUGAGUAGCACCUUUGUGACCCUGGCCGAAGUGCUGGAGGUCAGAGGAGGACCGCUGGAGGAAGAUGACAUCUGGUCUCUGCUGCUGGGGACAACAGAGUCUUUACUGGAGGCGUCAUAUCAAGGUCACAACAAUGUCUGCAGUAUCAUCUGUCCUGGGUCACUUCUCCUCUCAGCCAAUGGAAGUCUUGCUAUUAAGAACAGCACCUUGAAUGAUGAGGUCUGUGUAUUUAUGGCACCAGAGUUGCUCCAGGGUCAUGCCCUUUCCUCCCGACUGGCAAUGGAGAAGGUACAUGUCUAUUCUCUGGGGAUGACUCUUUACUGGUCUGCUGAUUACCAUGUUCCCCAGAACCAGCCCAUCCAGCUGAGUGACCACUUGAAUUGCCUGUUACUGAGCAUGUGUGAAGACACGGCGCACAAGCGGGUGGCUCUGCAGACCAUUCUUGAAGCCUGUGAAAUGCACCAUAAAGCAUCGGUCCUGCCACCUCCUAACAGAGUCAUCAAGCAGCUGGUUGAAGAUGUGCUGCAACACUCUGUAGACCGCGUGUCUUUUUCUGCGAGUGCAGUUCUCCUGAGCAGUCGGACUCAGAUGAUCAGAGAGAGGUUGCACAGCAGACAGAGGCCUCAUUCAGGGUACAGUGACACAAACAGCGCGUCUGGAGAAAGUUCUGGAUUGCCAGUCGACACAGAAACUAAACAAGGGACUUCACGUCACCAGGCUGGCUGGAUGGCUCAUAAUAAGAGAUUAGGCGGCAGUAUGUUUCUGACCAGCACUGACAGAGAACAGCACACAGGCAGCAGCUGCAGCUGGCUGAAUAGAAGCUCUUACCUGGAUGUUCCCCAUCCCAGUGACAACAAGUCUACACAGUCCAGAGCCUCCUCCACCAGCCUUACACAAAAGAAAUCUAAGAAUCUGGGACCUGAAUUCAUCAGAAUGUCUGGAGAACCACAGAUACAACUGGAAUUGCCUGGGUCAAUAGUGACAAAGAAGGGGAAAACCAGCUCCGUGCAGAGAGCUCUCCUUGUGUUAAUGCCAAAUGGACAGUCCAUUCAGGUGAAAUGCGAGAUGAAGUCCAAAGCCAGAGAUAUCUUUGACAUGGUGGUGGCUCAUGCAAACCUGGUGGAGCAUUUCUACUUUGGCCUGGCUUUCAUUGAUGACGAUGAGUUUUUCUUUCUGGACCACGACACCAAAAUAUCAAAAGUUGCUCCUGAAGGCUGGAAGAAAGGGACACCCAUUGGCUUUGUCCUGUUCCUUAGGAUAAAGUUUUUUGUGGAUGACAUCAGUUUUAUUCAGCAUGGAGUAACGAGGCACCAGUACUAUUUACAGAUGCGAAGGGAUCUUCUCGAAGAGAGGCUGUAUUGCAGUAAUGAGACAGCUUUGUAUCUCGGUGCUCUGGCGCUCCAGGCUGAGUUUGGAGAUUAUGUCCCUGAGGUUUACGGCAUGAACUAUUUCCAACCAGAACACUACAUCCCGAAAACUGUGAUUGAAAAGCUGGUGUUGUCCUUUUUAAAAGACGAACUGCCAAGACUGCAUGCCAACAAUGCCAGACUGCCUGCUGAAGAAGCAGAAAUAGAAUUCCUGAAGGUCACCCAGCAGCUGCCAGAGUAUGGAGUGCUGUUUCACCGCCUUGCACGAGCAAAGAAACCCAGGGGGGGAGAUCUGAUUCUUGGAAUAUGUGCCAAAGGCAUUAUUGUUUAUGAAGUAAAGAACAAUUCCAGAAUUGCCAGCCUUAGAUUCCAGUGGAGAGAGACGGAAAGGAUCUCCUCAACUCGUAAGAAGUUUGCUGUUGAGAGCAGCACAAGUGGGAAGAAGCACAGCUUUCUCACGGAGAGCUCACGGAUCUCCAAAUACCUGCUGAACCUCUGUUCUGCGCAGCACAAGUUCCAGAGUGAAAUGAGCUCACGCCAGCUGAGCCAAAGCCUGGCUGCAGAUGAAAACAAAUACUCUCUUGCUGAAGGCAGCACGCCCAGAUAUGCUGCCCCUUGUGACCAGCACGAGCGGCUGAAGAGACUGUCUUGCUCAGAGACAGUGCUGACCAGGGAUGAGAAUGGUGUUCCCAGCAAUCCUUUGAGCAAAUCCUGUGAUGACAUCAGUAUAAAGAUGGACAAAACAAUUAGUGAUCAGACAUGGAGUCUCCCAGUUUCUCAUGUACAAUCUAGCACCUCUUUGCAAAACAAAGACUCUGAAAGAACACUGGAUCACCCCAGCAGUUCAGGCUUAACAGAUUUCCAAAAUAAAGUUGCUAUGCCACAGAGAGAAAUUAUCUGUGUGUCAUUGAAGAAGGACCCAAAACUAGGCCUUGGCUUUGUAAUAGUUGGAGACGACAGCACAGGAAAAUUAGACCUUGGAAUUUUUAUUGCUUCCAUCAUAUCCGAUGGGCCUGCAGAUAAAGAUGGACGAAUCAAGCCAGGGGGUCGGCUGAUUUCUCUAAAUAAGAUGAGCUUGGAGGGAGUCACGUUCAACACGGCGGCAGGAAUUUUGCAAAACUGUCCGGAGGAUGUGGAGCUCAUUAUCUCCCAACCAAAAAACCCAGCAACAAACAGAAAUAAUAGUAAAUACAAGUCACAUAGAAGCCAGAGCUCCGUAGAGAAGAGGUGUGAUUGUCACAUAGUUCCAACAGCAGAACAGUAUGUCGACUCCAAUAUGGUGACUCCGGGAUCCGUGAGAAGAUUACAAGUGCCUGCGGUUCGAAUCCUGGAUGGACAGGACGCGCUCUGCCAAUCAGAAUCACAACAAGCCAACGUCAUCCCAAGCGAAGUGCACUUCGUGGAACUGAAAAAGAUUGAUGGCAGUCUGGGAAUCAGCGUCACUGGGGGUGUUAACACCAGUGUUCGUCACGGUGGGAUUUAUAUCAAAGCUGUAGUGCCUGGUGGAGCUGCUGACCAAGAUGGACACAUCCAGAAAGGUGAUUGCUUGCUGGAAGUGGAUGGGGUCAGCCUGCGCAGCUUCACUCACAGACAGGCUGUGGAGUGCCUGAAGAACACGGGAGAGGUUGUGCACCUCGUUCUGCGGAGGGAGCAGCACGGGGCUCCAGAGCCGCCCGGCGCCAAGAGCCCCAGAGCACCAGCAGCCCCACCAGCCCCAGCUGCCACUCACAGGAGCAGAGAGCACCAUGCCACCGUUUCCACGGCAACGCCCUUGUCUAUCAAAGCCAAGGACUACAGCUUUGUGGCAGAGGACAACACCUUUGAAGUGACGUUAAAGAAGAACCUCAGUGGCCUCGGCUUCAGCUUCCUGUGGACAGACUGCAGCCCCAUCUCAGAGGACCACAAAGGCAUUUUCAGAGUCAAGAAGCUAUUCCCUGGACAGCCAGCAGAGGAGAGUGGGAAGAUUGAAGUUGGAGACGUCAUUCUGGCUGUCAAUAAGAAGUCUGUGAAAGGAAUGUCGUACUGGGAUGUUCUCCAUCUUUUGCGGGGGGGCCCUGAGGAGGUGACACUGUCCCUGUGCCGCCCAGCUCCUGGGCUGCUUCCUGAAGUCGAUGUCAAUGCGGUGACUCCAGCACCUUCUCCCACUAAAGAAAUCAAAUCGAGGUUGACUGGCCUGCAACUGGCUGAUGUUACCAUACAUGAAUAUGAGAGCACGUCAAGAGAGAAGACGGACGAAGAGGCUCCUAGCCGAGCUGGCAGUCUAGCAGAACCAAAACAGCUAGUGGACUCUUGCCAGAGCAAGACUGAGCUGCACAGUGAAGUUACUGCUCCUUCGCCUCACAGUAGCUGUCACAUGGACCAGAGUAUCCAUCAGCACCCAGAGGACGGACCAGCUGCUCCUGUGUGCUUUACACUGGAGGAAGACUAGCGCAGCAGAGGACACAGAUGGGACAGUCAGGUACUCUGUACUCAGUAAGCCGUCCUCGCGGGCGGACGAGGAGUACCUGACCAUCAGCA